CUUCCCACCACAACUGCACGACGCCAGCCAUCAACCGCCUCUUUAGUUGAAGUUUAGGACAUCCUGUCAAUCAAAAACCCCCUUUCAAACCAACGAAAUGGCCAGCCCCUCUGAGCAGGCCAGCCCCUCUGAGCAGACCCUCCUCGUCACCGGCGGCACCAGCUUCGUGGCGGGCCACAUCAUCAAGCAGGCCCUGGACAAGGGGUACCACGUGCGCACGACGGCACGGUCCGAGUCGUCGCUGGCCAAGUUGCGUGCCACCUUCGCCGCGCACGGCGACAAGCUGACCACUGCCGCCGUGGCCGACAUCACCAAGCCCGGGCUGUACGCGGCGGCGUUCGCCAGCCCGACCAAGCCCGUCACGGGCGUGCUGAGCGUGGCGUCCCCCUUCGUGCUGCAGGUCGGCGACAACGUGCGCGACCUACUGCAGCCGGCCAUCGGCGGCGGGCUGGCGGUGCUCGAGGCGACCCGGCGCUUCGGGCCGGCCGUGCGCCGCGUCGUCGAGACGUCGUCCUUCGCGUCCAACCUUGACCUCGCCCACGGCGCGCGCGCGGGGUACACGUACACGGCGGCCGACUGGAACCCCAUGACGUACGAGCAGGCCGUGUCGGCACCGGCGGGCGCCGCCUACUGCGCGUCCAAGGCGCUGGCCGAGAAGGCCAUGUGGGACUGGGUGGCCGCCGAGACACCAUCCUUCUCGCUCGUCGCGCUCAACCCGGCGUGGGUGUUUGGGCCGCACGUCGAUGCAGCUGCCGUCGCCGACCCGGCCAAGCUCAACACGUCCAGCGCCGCGCUGCACGCGCUGCUGGGCGCCGCCGCCGUGCCGCCGUUCGACCUUGGCGCGUUUGUGGACGUGCGCGCCUUGGCUGCUGCGCAGAUUGCGGCGUUCGAGACCGACGCGGCUGCCGGCCGGCGCUUCAUUGUGGCGUCGCAUUUUGACUACCAGAGUGCGGUGGACGCGCUGCGCGCUGCACUUCCCGAGAUCCGCGACCGUGUCCCUGAGGGCACUCCGGGGGAUGUUCCUGUGUCGUAUGCUGUCGAUGGUAGCGAGGUCGAGGCGGUUCUCGGCGUCAAGUACAUCCCGCUCGGCGAGACCAUGAGGGACUCGUUUGCGCAGUUUCUCGAGGCAGAGAAGCAUGCUCCUGUUGAGGCUGCUGCUUGA